AUGAUUACAAUAAGUGGGUUUCCAUAAGUAAGUAAUUUAUUUAUUAAAGGAUGUUAAUGAGGAAAUUUUGUAUGAAAUAUUUUCAAUAUAUGGCAAAAUUAUAGAAAUAACAAUUAAUAAGGAAUAUUAUGAAUUAUAAAGUGCUAUAAUUGAAUUUGCAGACUCCAUAUCAACUAAUUAAAUUAAAAUUGAAUAGAAAGAAUUUAAAAUAAAUAAUAAUAUUCUAAAGGUUUCACUUCAUGAUGAUUAAAGUUAAGAUGAGUUUAAAACAACUUAUUUAUUUGUAAAUAAUAUUCCAUCAGAUAUCACAUAAGAGUAAUUGUCUAUCUUUUUUGAAUAAUUUGGACCAGUGUUUAAUUGUAAAAUAAAGAAAUAAAAUUAUUUGAAUCAUAAGCCUUAAUUGUAAUAUAGUAUUCUAUAAUAUAGUUCGGGUUUUGUGGAAUACAAGAAUCCUUAGACAACUAUAGAUUUGAUGGAAAUAUAUUUAAGAUAACCAUUAAAGGUUAAUGGUAAAAUUCUAAUCAUCCAACCUUUUAAAGAUAAAUCUCAAUCAAGAACUUCAAUAUAAAUGAUAAUUUAAGGUUUUUGUAGAAAGUUGAAUUAGACAGAAUUAAAUAUUGUUGGAAUUUAGAGAUUCAUUGAAUUGACUUGGGAAUUAUUAAUAGUAGAUUAUUUUAAUUAAAGAAAAUUGUAAUUGAAAAAUUGUUUUGUGAAAAUGAAAAAUGAUUAACCUUAUAUAAUAUUGAUGCUACCAACAUUAAGUGAUACUAUAAAAUUUAUGAAAUUAGCAGAUUAAAUUCAAAGUCAUCCUUGUUUUUAAUAUGAUUCUGAUUAAAUACCAAAAUUAUAUCAAAAUUUUUGUAUUGAUUAAUGUUUAUCUUAAACAUUUUAAUAGUUUUAAAAAUAAGAUAAUGUAUCAAAUGAAUAAUUUAAAUAAAGAUAAUCUUAAGGAUAUUUUAAUGGUAAUUUCUCUUAAUUUAGUUGCAGAUAUCAUUUCAAUAAUUAAGAUUAUUAUGAUGAUAGAAUAUUAGUAAUAUAAAAUUUAAAACACUCAGUUACUAUUGAAUAAAUGAAAGAGUUUAUUCUUUAAUUUGGUUUGAUAAAAUCAUUAUUAAUUAGUAAUGAUUUAGAUUAAAAACUUAAAGAUAAAAUACUUAAAUAGCAAAAUCAAACUGUAUGUUUUGUAUUAGCAUUGACCUCUUUUGAUGCUUAAUUGAUAUUGUAGGAAUAUGAAAACAAGACAUAGGGAUGUUAAUUAUAGAAAUUUAAUAUUUCAGAUUCUCAAAUAAAAAUACAAAAACUUCACUAUAAACAUAAUGAUUAUGAAAAGAUAUUGAGUGAAUUGUAUGAAGAGAUAUUUCGUAAAAAGGAACUUUAAACAUUGGUGAUUAAAAAGAAUGAAUUGAAAAGCAAAGAAUAUUUUAAAAGUUUUGAUUAAGUAAUAGAAGAAAAGUAAGAUUUUUUAUAGUUAAGUAUUCUUGACUAAAAGUAUAUAGUAUAGUAAUUAAUUUAUUAAAUUGUGGCUAAUUAAUCUCAUUUAAAUUUGGUAGAUCAAAAGAGAAUGUCAUGUAUAUUGAUUAUUAUGUAUAUUAGGUUUAAUAAUUAAUAAACAUUAGAAAUUUGAUGAUAUAUUUGAACUAUAUUAAAAUCUUACAAAAUUUAUAUUAGAAAUAGAAGAAGCUGAGAAUAUCAUAAUUUUAGAUUUGCAUUAAGAAGUCAUUUAAUAAUAUUCAACUUUAGAUGAUAUAAUGAAUAAUUUUGAAGCAUUUUAUUCUUUAAAGGAUGACUAAAAGAUUAAUGUUAUUAAGUUUCUUAUGAAAUAACAUAUAAUAAAAGAAUAAUAAAUGGUUGAUAAUGAGGCAAGCAAAAUUACUAAAUAAAUAAUGAAAUAGUUUAAUUAUAAAAUACAAGAUUUAAUAUGUUUAUUAGAAGAUAAUAAGGAAUUCUUGAAUGUUCUGAAUAAGAUGAAAUGA